AUGCUACGAUCGGCCAACCAACUGCGUCUUGCGACCAAGUUCCCCGCUCCAGUUGCCAAGGCAUCCGCGGUGGCAGCACAUCUGACCACCCAGUCAUCGCCAUCAAUGACCGGAAACACACAAAACCCCACACGCGAUCAGACGCAAGCCACAUCGGCCGAAGACAGCGCUGCAACCGUACAGAAGGAGAGGAAGGAGAAGAAGACAAUGGCGGAGCUGGACGAGGAAUUGCGAUUGAAGCUGGAGGGUAUGUCAGGAGAGGGUGGAGCAGCAGGUGUCGAGUACGAGAAUGGGAGGGCCGAAGGACUGAAAAGAGGGGUGAAGUCGAACAUGUUUAGAGUUAUCUGA